AUGGAAGGAGGCCGAGAUCUUCGCGAUGAAGUUCCGGAUGGGCGGUUCCCACCAAAGGAGGCUCUUGGACUGGUUCUGGCUGGUUCAGUCUCCUACUCGCCUCGUUAUGAUUUGGGCUCGAAGAGAUUAAGGAAGAAACGUGAUCCGGUCCUCAUUGCUGCCCAUCAACCUCCUUAUGAAUUGAGGCAUAACCAGAUGGAAAGCAUCUUCCUGUCUGCCAUUGACAUCUAUGGCAAUGAUUUCCAGCCAGAGAACUUGCAGAAGCUCAUUAUGUCUGAAACAUCCAUUUUUGAUGUUCUCCAUGACUUCUUCUUCCAUUCCAACUCAGUAGUGAGGAGGGCAGCCCUUGAAGUACGUGACACUCUUCUUUGA